UUAUUUAUAUCGGGUACAUUUUUAGUUUAAAUAAUAAUAUAAUAGUAGUUGUGUUGUAUUUAAAAUUAUAUGACAAGAAUUUUAGGCUCACUUUAUAUUAUCUUGCUAACGUUAAUUACUUAAGAUUAUAACUUCACAGCUGUGCAUAUCCUAUUAACAAGAUAUUUAAAGAUUAACAGUAUCAAUAAGAUAGUGAACUUAAAUCACUAAUAUUUAUUUUUACUAAUAUUAAUAUAAUGUGAAAUCAAUGUGGAGACAGUGAAGACUAGUUAUCGAAUAGGUUAGGUAAUAAAAAAAUAAUUUUGUAAGGUUUGUAGAGUGCAUAUGUGUUAGUGAGAUAAAUCGGCUUUGCUCUACCCAGAUGUUUCCGUGGACGUCUUGGGAUCAGGAAGCACUGGUUAAGAACCACUGGUCUACAAUAUCUUUUUUAUAUUUUGCAGCCAUGUUGCCUUCGUCAGUAAAACAUCGCUUGGUGCAGUGGCUGGAGGAUCACCGCGAGCUAGUGGUGUUGCUGUUUUGUCUACCGGCCAGUUUCCUGUUUACUGUGCUGCUUCAGAUUAAAGCGUUCAUACGCGCCGCGACCAGCGACCCGACACGACACGACGCCGCCGUCAGAACAAUACAAGCGCAGGUACAACAAUGGAACAAGGUACCUGUCAACAAACGUCGAUUACUCUGCACCUCGCGUCCAAACUGGCAAUCACUGUCCACCACAUUCUUCCAAAAACAUCUACAUCACCGCGUACCCAUUCCGCUACACGACAUACUCGAGCUGGACGAACGGAAUAUGACCGUCAGGGUGGAACCGAUGGUCACCAUCGGGCAGAUCACAGAGUAUCUCAUACCUAGAGGUUAUUCGCUAGCCGUCACGAUUGAGUUGGUAGACGCCACUUUGGGAGGUCUGGCCUUCGGCACGGGUAUGUCAACACACUCGCACAAAGCAGGCUUGUACCACGAAACUAUCACCAGCUACGACGUGGUGUUAGGGGACGGCUCCUUGGUAACAGCCACCGCUGACAACGAGUAUUCAGAUUUAUAUAAAUCACUACCCUGGUCUCACGGCAGCCUAGGCUUUCUAGUAUCUCUCACACUUAGAAUAGUCAAGAUAAAGCCUUACAUUAAGAUUAAAUAUAUUCCCGUACGGGGCCAAAAAAACUACUGCGACAUGAUCAGACAAUUAUCCGGGGCAAACGAACCAACACCUAAAAACCAUCCUGAUUAUAUAGAAGGCACUGUUUAUAGUAAAGACGAAGCAGUCAUCAUGGUCGGAGAAUACUCAGACUUAGAAAGAGGCAUCACUGUCAACCAUUGCUCCAGAUGGUACAAGCCAUGGUUCUACAAGCACGUUGAGACAUUUUUGAAGAAAGGGGAAGGUGUUGAACUCAUCCCCCUCAGAGACUAUCUGUUAAGACAUAACCGCGCAAUAUUUUGGGUCGUAGAAGAUAUGCUGUCGUUUGGAAACGAUCCGCUGUUCAGAUUAUUCUUCGGCUGGCUCUUGCCACCUAAACCGGCAUUUCUGAAAUUCACUACCACGCCGGGAGUGAGAGCGUACACGUUCACAAAACAAGUGUUUCAAGAUAUCGUAUUGCCUAUACAGGAAUUAGAAAAGCAAAUAGAGAUAGCCAGCGUGCUAUUCGAGAAGUUUCCGUUGUUGAUUUACCCAUGUAAGAUCAUAGAUCACGGUCCUUCGUCGGGGCAAUUGAAACGGCCAAACUCUAAAUAUUUAAUCCCAGGCACUAAUUACGCGAUGUACAACGAUUUGGGUGUUUACGGGGUGCCCGGGAAAGUGAAAGAGAAAAAACCCUACAAUCCAGUAGAUGCCAUGAGAAAGAUGGAAAAAUUCACUAGAGACGUGGGGGGUUAUUCAUUUCUAUACGCCGAUAUAUUUAUGACGAAGGAAGAAUUCGAAGAAAUGUUUGAUUUGUCGUUGUACGAAGUCGUGAGAAAAAAGUAUAAAGCAGAUGGCGCGUUCCCACACUUGUAUGAUAAAGUGAAGCCUGAAAUAGACGUGUUUGCAAUAGGAGAGGAAAAUGCUAUUCAUAGUAAUUAAAGUAAUAUAAGUAGAAGUCAUUUAUAUUUUAAUACAUGAAUUUAUAAUAAAAUUUGUGUU